AAAGCAUACCAACGUCACCAUAGUGACGUGAAACGUCGAUAUUACGUUUGUUUGAGCAAUUAAUUUUAUAUUAAAAAAAAAGUUGUAGGAGCUAAUCUGGCUAGCAUUGUUUGAAUGAUACACAACGCGUAGCCGAACUUCCGUUAGCAUGUAGCUAACAAAGUACUUUAAUAUUUUUUUAAAUCCACUCCGUGUUUUGUGUCAGGUCCACCGGCGUGCUCGCCGAGGGAGUGUCCGUGUCAGUGGGCGUCCACUCGGCGCUGCGUGAUUCACAAACCUUAUUUGUUCCUACUACUUUGAGCGCCAUCUUGUUUGGAACUUCUCCCCACGGCGCUAGUUUCCACUCGGAGGGGUGUCGUGUUACCCCGCUCCUGCCUGCCCAGCGCGGGGAUUCUUCUCCCUUUUUUCCUCCUUCCACGGACCUGCGCUCGCUUCGUGUUUUUUUUCACUCGGGACUGUUCACCACGAGGGGAGCAGAAAUGAGCAUCGAGACGCUUCUGGAAGCCGCCAAGUUUCUGGAACUGCAAGCCCAGCACCAACGAGCAGAGGAUGAACUGAAAGGAAAACUGCGCCUGGAUCAGCUGAGCGAGCAAAAGCGUGUUCAUUUGAACAACUACGCCUCCAUGGGCUACAUCAACAAUGUUCUUAAAGCAGAAGUACUGGACUCUGAGCAGCCCCCGGCCCCUUUGCCGCCUCCUCCUCCUCCGCAUCCCCCCUUCAUGCCCGUCGCAAUCAUUCCCUUCCCGCUGGUCACACCCAAACCAGAGAGCUCGCCCCCCUGCCCCGUCACCCACUGGCCUCAUCCGGCUCUUCCACCCGCGGUCUCUCCCAAGAAGGAACCUCUUUCUCCUCAGGAAAUAGCCUCGCCGCCUUCUCCGCCGUCCAGAGCCGACGACGUGAGCCACAAAGAGCCGGCAGAGAACCAGGCCAGUAACACUAAUGUCCAGCAGUACCACGGCUCCAUGGUCUCACCCCCACAGCAGCCCACUGGAACCCCUCGGACACUAACGCCGCCCUCGCGGGCCAACAGCCCCACCAGCCGGGGGAGUCCUACUGAUGACGGCCGCCUGCUCGACCUCAAGAGACGGCCCGGGGGGGCAGGCACCAGAGAAGUGCAUAACAAGCUGGAGAAAAACAGACGAGCCCACCUGAAGGAGUGUUUCGAGACGCUCAAGAAGAACAUCCCCAACAUCGACGAGAAGAAAACUUCUAAUCUGAGCGUGCUGAGAAGUGCUCUGAGAUACAUCCAGACGUUGAAGCGCAAGGAGAAAGAGUACGAGCACGACAUGGAGCGCCUGGCCCGGGAGAAGAUAGCCACGCAGCAGCGACUGGAGGAGCUGAAGAACGAGCUGAACCAGUGGAUGGAUGUGGUGGAGAUCGACCGCGUGCUCCGGCAGACGGUGCAGCCUGAGGAGGACCAGGCCUCCACCUCCACCGCCUCAGAAGGUGAAGACGUCAUGGAUGACGAAGAUGACGAUGACGACGACGUUCCCUUAAGCCAACAGACGGCCUCACCCGGCGCACCUCAAGUCCAUCCAGCCGAGCUACACAAGACACCGACCCCCAUCCAGACCCUGACUCUGCCCCCGUGUGCCCCCUCCUUCAUCAGCCAGCACAUCUCCAUCCAGCACAAGGUUCCUUUGCAGCCAACAUCCAGUCCACACAUGCCAUCCAAGCCUUUAGCGCCGCCCAUGACCACCACAUGCAGCGUUCUCUCCGCCCCCAUCCCCGCCCAGCCGAGCUUGCACCCCACAGUUAUCGCCCACGCAUCCGUUUCCCACCCGUCUGUCAUCCAAGCGGUCAACCAUGUCAUCCAGACGGCGGGAACCAAACACAUAGCCCACCUGGCGCCCUCGGCUGCCGCCGGCUCCGUGCAGUUGGCACCCGGCCAGCCGCCCAUCAGCCACAUCACCGUGCACCCGGUGGCCCACCUGGGUCAGCACCUGCCCGCCCUCUACCCGCAGCCCGUGGCCGUCACUCAGCCCGCCUUGAUCAGCCACAUCGCGCACACACUCGGACACGUCAACGGGACCGCCGGCGGCCAGCCGACCGCCAUCAUGGCCAAACAGACGAUGGUGGCGCACCACCCGCAGCUGGUGGGUCAGACUGUUCUCAACCCCGUCACCAUGGUGACCAUGCCCUCCUUCCCCAUCAGCACCCUAAAGCUAGCCUGAGCAAGCGCCCUUUAAAAAGCGGGCAGACAACCACGCGCAGGCUGCAUGUGAAGAUCCACAGAACGUAGGAAGAGCUUGCACGCACGCACACACAUACACACACACACACACACACGCAGGUUAUUGUGCAGCGGUGAUGUUUACUGGCUAAUACAGAGAAAAUGUGCAAACGGUUGUGGAAGGUGGACUACCCACUGGCACAUUUCUACCAGCCCACAAGCAGCACAUUGACAACGUGAGACGGAAGCUCCGCCCCCUUCCUCUAGCAGCCAGGCUGCUCUGCAACAUCCAAACUGUGGACCGGAUUGCUCUUCGGCGUACUGGAGUGGAGUUCUAAGGGACACACAUGCUACAUGAGCGCGCCCUGCUGUUCCCUAAUGGUAUAAGGCCUACACCGAAGACACAAUGUUGGUAUUCAAAUAUAGCUUUGUCACAGAUGUUGAUAAACAUUCACCAGCCACAUGUAUGAUGCAAAAAUGCCUUUACAAAAAUAGCAAUGCUUAAUUUGAAGAAUCCAAAGUAAGCAUUGUUAUUUGAACUAUCCUUCAACAAUGAAGAUGAAUGUGGCGAGCGAGUAAAACGUGACAUGUUUAAAUGUAAAAACAAUUUGACCGUUUUCACUACAACUAACAGACUUUGUUGGCAUUUCAUAUCAUUUUUCUUUUAAACUGUCACAUUUUUAUUUACCAUAUUAGCACUGUGAACCUCAAAAGACGAGCAUCCAACCUGUGGUUAUCCUAGCACUUGCUGCUCUCUUCAAUAUUGUGACUUGCGGAGGAGCAGACCUAUCUUUUUUAUUAUUACAAGUAUAUUAAAGUAUCAUGUAACUUUUUAGUUCCUUUGCUUGUAACUUCUCAUGUCCGGUGUACAUUUUACGUGCUGUGUUGUAUUGGGACCAUGAUGUAGGCAGCAGUGCAGACCAUAAACUAAGACUCACGCCCACGUAGCACAGUGCUCUGCCCGCGUACGUCUUUCCCUGUUUUGUUGGGAUUCCAGAAAAGAUGAAAAAAAAAAAAGUCACCUUUCUUGCAAGCAAUUCAGUUAGAAAUCAUGUCGGAGCACGAUCAACAUAAAAUGUCUAAAAGGUGUCAGAAGAUUCUGACGCUCGGAAGACAUUAGCAAUACACGUUUUUUUUCCCUAUGGAGAAAGUUUUAUUGUAAAUGGCCUCAAGGCUGAAUUUAGAUUUCACUAUGAUUUAAAAAUUAUAUGGAAACAAAUAAAGCAUAAGUUAAUAAACUUGUUUGCAAAUG